UAUGGCACGAACGGCUUAGGCAAGCGACUGUAAAUCGCUCUCAUGGAGGUUCAAAUCCUUCUGCUCCCACCACUUUUAGGAGAGUAAUUCCAGAUCUAAAACACAUUUCUCUAUUAUUGGUUAUUGAGAUUACCCAGUUUCUGCCAACUACCAGCCGAGCAAUAUGGGAGGGCAUUCACCAAACGGAAUCACCUCCCGCGUCUUUUGUUGAUCAAUUCCUGUCCUCUGCGUUAAAAAAGGACAGUAAUUUUAAUAACAUGUUCAAAGGAUUUAGUGAAAAAUUAAGAACCAAAUUAGAAGAAUUUAAUCAGAGCUCUGAGCAGUUUUUAUUUAAUAAAAAAUUAGGUGAUGCUAUUAUUGCUAAUGGUGGAACAAUUUCUAAUCCUACAUCCAUUAAGUUUGUUAAUUUUAGAGAAAAGGAUGAAAAUGGCAAUUAUGUUUCUGAACUUCCUCCUCGACUUAAAGCAGAUGGAACGAGAAAUUAUAACAAUAUGGUGGAUGUGGAAAAUACCAAAAAAGAAGCUCUUGAAAAGGCAGUUCUUAAAGCAAAGAAUGAUGCUUUUAAAGAAAUUAAUAAAACUAUCUCUGAAAUUAAAGAAUUUGAUAGAGUUAUAGAAGCAAUUAAGCAAGGUAAAGAAAGGUUUGAUAAUUAUAAAAAAGAAAUAAGUAAAGAAAUCAUUAAAUAUGCCAAAAAUAAAGGAAAUAAGAUUUUGGUAGAUAAGCAUUGUGAAGUAAUAAAAGAAAGAGUUGAUAAACUAGUUGCUUCUAAAAAUAGUGGCAAUAAUACUUCUCAAACAGAAACCAAUGAAGCUAAUUCAGAAGAAACCGAAGAAACUACUAAUCCCAGAACAAAUAACGAUAAUAACAACAAUUCUAACCGAGAACAAGGAAGAACAAAUAAUAAUGCCGAAAAUCUAAAAAAAGUUAAAAUCCAAAAACUUAAAGAGUUGUUUGAAUUAAGUGGUUUUUUAGAAGAGGAUGAGAUUAAUUCUUAUAAAGAUAAACUUUUAUCUCAUAUUCAACAAAAGAGAAAGGAUAAAAAGGUUGCUGAGGAAGUAAAUGAAAACUUACAUAAAGCCCAAGACCCGAAUGCUACUAUCCAAGACAAAAAGAAUGCCCUAGGUGAAUUAGACAAAAACGAGGGAGAACAAGCUUACGAGGAAAAAAAGGAGCAAAUUAAAGAAGCCAAAACAGAAGUAGCCAAAGUUAAUCCUAACGAGUAUAGGAAUAAGGUUAUUUCUAGUUUAGAUAAAAAGUUAGUAGAUAACGAACUAAAAGAAAAAGAUUUGGAUAACCAAGCCCAACAAGAAAUUAAGGAUUUGAGGGUUGGAAAAGAAUUGGAACCUAAUCAAUUAGUUGAAAUUGAAAUAAAGUUAACUGAAAAGAUUGGACAAAUCGGAGCCAAAAAGAAAAUGGAUGACCUUGCUUCUGGAGUAGAAAAAGCUGAACAGUUAUUAAAGAAUUUAGAAAAUAUUUCACAAAAUACUUCUACUUCUCAAUCUCCUGAUUUUAAAAUUGUAAUCGGGAUAGGAGUAAUUUUGGUGGUAAAUGCCUUUACUGACAGUCUCCUGAAAGAUUUAAUCGUAUGUUUAGUAGAAUCCCAAGGAGAAUUAUAUGACCCUUGCUGUGGUUUAGGCAGUUUUUUACUCAAAGCCAAAGCAAAAGAUGAAACCCUAAAAAUUAGUGGGAAUGAUAUUGACAGCAAUUUACAAGUUCCCUUCCCCAUCACUUUUGGCGAUUAUUUAGCCAGUGAAAAGCAGAAUUAUGUUUUGGCUCCUCUUCGUUAUGAGUUCGACCCAGCAAAAAAACCCCUCACCGAAGAAGAAAAACAAGAAAUUGAUGAAAAAAUUAAGACCACUCAGAAAGAACUAUAUAUGCUAAUUACUGAACUGGAUGAAGCAACUAAUAUUUAUCGCGAACAAGUAAAAAAAAUGGAUGCUGACCCCGAUUACUUAUUAAAAAAGGAUUUGGCUUUUGAAGGGGGAGUCAAUUUGGACUGA